AUGGCGGCACGGGGGAAGCUGAUCGCUGUGAUCGGAGAGGAGGACACUGUUACAGGUUUCCUGCCGGGUGGCAUCGGGGAGCUCAACAAGAACCGCUGUCCGAAUUUCCUGGUGGUGGAGAAGGACACGACCAUCAAUGAAAUCGAGGACACCUUUCGGCAGUUUCUACAACGAGAAGACAUUGGUAUCAUCCUCAUCAACCAAUAUAUCACAGAGAUGAUACGGCAUAUAUUGGAUUCCUACACACACUCAGUGCCGGCCAUUUUGGAGAUCCCUUCCAAGGAACAUCCCUAUGAUGCAGCCAAGGACUACAUCAUACGGCGUGCCCGAACCAUGUUCACUGCUGAAGAACACUAAGGAAAACUCCACAUCACCCUUCCCUGAACAUGUCAUAUUCCACUACUGAAAUGAAAGGGGAAGGGCUCACAGUACUUGCU